GCUGCCGGUCGGGAGCCGACGGAGGGACCGCGGCGGGCAAGGGCCAGCGGGGCGAGCGAGGCUUGCAGGCAGGAGCUGGCAGGCAGCAAGUCAGGAGCGGGAUCCUGACCACAUCUAGCAGGAUGGAUGUGGCGCAGGUGACAUCCAUGAAUGGGCUGAGGACGGUGACUGCCGACAGGCUGGAUAGCUGGAUCAUGGAGACCCUGCAGCCCAGCACGGCUUUCAGCAAGCAGGUGAAGAUGACAGUGAAGCAGAUCUGUGACUUCCUGAAGGAGGACUGCUUCGAGGGCAAUAUCCACGUUCACAAGACUGUCAAGGGCGGCUCAGCAGGCAAGGGCACAGCCCUGCGGAACAACUCCGAUGCCGAUGUGGUGCUCUUCCUCAGCUGCUUCUCCAGCUACCAGGAGCAGAAACAGGAGAGACCCUAUAUCCUGGAUUUGAUCAAGAGUAGGCUGCAAGCCUGCAGGCAGAGCCUGAUGUUCACUGUGAGCAUCAGCGAGCCCCGGUACAAGGGUCCCGGCAAUACACCGCGCUCCCUCAGCCUCACUCUCUGCUCCAAGGAGACCUUGGAGUCCAUCGAGGUGGACAUCUUGCCUGCCUACAAUGCCUUGGGGCAGGUGAGCAAGGAUGCCCCACCAGACGUGGAGGUAUACGUGGGGCUCCUGAAUGCCAGCAGUGGCCCUGGUGAGUUCUCCCCCUGCUUCACUGAGCUGCAGAAGAAGUUUGUGAAGCGUUACCCUGCCAAGCUGAAGAACCUCCUGCGCCUGGUCAAGCACUGGUACAAGGAGAUGCUGAAGCCACAGUACCCCACUGCAGACCUGCCCCCCAAGUAUGCCCUGGAGCUGCUGACCAUCUAUGCCUGGGAGGAGGGCACAGGCUCCCACGAGUCCUUCGUCAUGGCUGAGGGCUUCCGUACAGUGCUGGAGCUGCUGUGCCGGCACCGGGAGAUCUGCAUCUACUGGGAGAUCUAUUACUCACUCCAGCACAGACAGAUCGGUGCCCACGUCAAGAGACUGCUACGCAGUCCCCGCCCCAUCAUCCUGGACCCUGCUGACCCCACAGGGAUCCUGGGCCAAGGCAAGGAUUGGGACCUGCUGGCACAGGAAGCUGCCCGCCACCGCUCACUGCCCUGUGUCAAUACCGCUCAGCCCUGGGACGUGCAGCCGGCCCGGCCUGUGACGAUUGAGGUGAGGCAGCUGGUGGGUGUCAGCCUGAGCAGGACCGUCAGCCCGGGCACCACCAUCUGGCAGCUGAAGGAGGAGAUCGAGCAGGCAUGGGGCAUCCCCCGGUACAGGCAGCGCCUGGCGCAGCAGGAACCAGGCAGGAGCACCCUAAUCCUAGAGGAUGGUGAUACCCUGGCCACCCAUGGCAUCUUCUACAACACCACGCUGAUGCUCCUGCAAACUGAGCCCCAGACAAUGGAAGUCUUUGUGAAGGAUGACAAGAACCGGACCACCACCUACACAGUGUUGCCCACUGACACCGUCCAGCAGCUGAAGGAACAGAUCCACAGCCACAGGGGGCCUCCCGCCAGCCAGCAGCGCCUGACAUAUGGCUCCAGGGAGCUGGAGGACCGACAUACGCUGGCGCACUACAAUAUCCAGCCCAGGAGCACCAUCUUCAUGCUCCUGCGGCUCCGGGGGGGCACAGGUCCCCAGAACUCCUAGUUCCCUGCCUGCUUGCCCUCCUGACUGUUGCCCCACACGCUCCAGCACCAUCCCUGUCAUGCUAGAAAUAAAUGCCUUAGUAGA